UCCCAAAAAUUUUAAACACAACCCAACGAUUACAUCAUUGUUUUUGAUUCGAAUUGUCGGUGUUUUGAGAGACAGUUUAAUAACAAACAUGAUAAAAAGACGCGAUUACCAGAACCCUUAUCAAAAAAUAUAGAUGUUAAUAUGAAACAAAUUACGAUAAUUGCAAUUAAUUUCCCAGCUGUCGGCCGUGAACAAGCAUGUGUUUAGUUUAAAAUAGCUUUUUUGGCAGAGCGUUUGAGAGGAGACGAGUCUGCGUCAUCGAUCAACCACUGCUUUAUUAACACUUUGAGAUUCUCAUCAGAUAAGUUAAGUCCGGGCUCAAACUCGUGUAAAUAAGAGAAAAUUGUUUUCGCUAACGUUAACACAACUGUGACAUUCAAACCAUGAAGGAAACCGAAGAUAACAACGUAUUUGUGUUAUCAAAAAGACUGGAUGACGCUGAGAAGAACAAGAACUCGGACGAAUGUCGGAAACCGGCCGAUUUCGAGACGGCCAUAGGAGCCACUGGUUUCGGUAAAUUCAACAUAAUCCUCCUCUUGAUCGCUAUGCCAGCAGGCUGGAGCUCAAUCUUCGAGACCACAACCAUGUCGUACGUUUUUCCAGCAGCUCAAUGCGACUUGAGUUUGACGCUGGAAAAUAAAGGAUUUCUUAACGCUAUUACUUACAUCGGAAUGAUAUCGAGUGCGUUCGUUUGGGGGUAUUUGUGCGACACCCUAGGCCGGAAAAAACUCCUGGCCAUUGGCUUAUUCCUUGACGGAAUUUUCGUUCUAAUGAGCGCAUCGUCGCAAAACGCAACUAUUCUUAUGAUCGCCAAGUUUUUGGGAGGUUUCAUAAUAAAUGGACCUUUUGCGGCACUUACGACUUACUUAUCAGAGUUCCACUGUGCCAGACACAGGGCUCGGAUCCAGAUGAUGCUAGGGAUUGUCUUUAGUUUAGGGACUGUGAUAUUGCCCUUUGUGGCCUGGGCGGUUCUUCCGCUUAAUCUAAGUGUAAAGAUUUUUAACGAUAGUGUAGAAUUUCACUCGUGGAAUUUAUACUUGUGUUUGUGUGCAUUUCCGGCUUUGAUUAGUUCGAUUGCUUUUAUUUUCAUGCCGGAAAGUCCGAAAUUCUUGAUGUCGAUGGGCCGGAAUGAAAAGGCUUUGGAGGUUUUCAGGAAAGUUUACUGUUUUAAUACAGGAAAUGCGCCCGAAACGUUUCCGAUCAAAGAACUGGUCGAGGAAACAAAACUGAAUAAUGACUCGAAACACGGGGGCAGAAUAACGGCCAACAGAACCAAGCUACAAGCGAUGAAAGAAGGGUGGCAGCAGAUCACGCCUCUGUUUUUCCCACCUCAUUUAGGCAAAAUCAUUUUAGUUUGUUUGCUACAAAUGCUGACAAUGAUGAGUCUUAACACGUUGCGCCUUUGGCUGCCACAAAUCUUCCAAGCGAUCAACGAUUAUCAAUAUUAUCACAAUGGAUCGACCACUGAUCUUUGCACAAUGAUCGACCAAAUACGGCCUAAGAACCAAUCUCAAAAUUGCGAAGUGAAUUUGAACAACUCGUCGGUUUACAUCAACUCAAUCAUCGUUGCUGUUGUCUCGAUUGGUGGCUACAUCAUUGCAGGGAUGCUAAUCAAUGCGUUGGGCAAAAAAAGACUUCUCAACAUCCUGGGAAUACUUUCUGGAUCUGGUGCGAUGUGUUUGUACUUUGCUCAAAACUCGCUAUCAACAAUAAUUUUAUCGUGUCUUUUUGUCUCCCUGGGCAGUAUUAACAUAAACGUAGUCCUUGCCGUCGUUGUUGAUCUUUUCCCAACAACUUUACGCACAAUGACCAUCUCCCUAACCAUGAUGGUUGGGCGGUCGGGUGCCAUGUUGGGUAAUUUGAUAUUUCCAGUUUUACUACAAUUAGGGUGUGCACCACCCUUUUUCACUGUGGGGGCUGCAAUUGUUGAAAAAAGCGCAGAUUUUGAAACUGCGAUAUCAGAAACCGGCUUCGGCCUCUUCAACUUAAUUCUAAUAUCGGUUGCAACCCCUUCGGUAUUAUCCUCGCAACUUGAAACCUCCUCCUUAUCAUUCGUGUUCCCUGUUGCCCGCUGUGACCUGGACAUUUCUCUGGAAGCCAGAGGAGUGGUCAAUGCAACGAUAUACACAGGAAUGAUAACCAGUUGCUUCAUGUGGGGCUCCCUGGUGGACGUCUUCGGCCGUCGCAAAGUCCUAGUUUUCACCCACUUUGUGGACGCUUUCUUCGUCCUAAUGACCACUUUUGCGCCAAAUCUGUACGUGCUGAUGGCGUCCAAAUUUUUGGGAGGGUUUAUUGUGAAUGGAAUUUCAAUGGCCCUAACUCCGUAUUUAUCAGAGUUUCACGGCACAUUAUAUCGUGCUCGUGUGCCUUUAACAAUCGGGCUCAUUUAUAGUGUUGCAAAUGUCGGUUUACCACUUUUAGCGUGGUCGAUUUUACCCUUAAAUAUUAAUUUUGGCCUUUUCGGAGGCUUUGAAUUUCAUGCAUGGAAUCUCUUUUUACUUGUUACAAUGUUUCCAACUGUAAUAGCCGGAGUUGCGUUUUUUUUAAUGCCUGAAAGCCCGAAGUACUUAAUGUCCAAGGGCAAUAACGAAGAUGCCUUGAAGGUGUUUGAGAAAAUUUUUGCAAUGAACAAAAAACAACCGAAGGAAGAGUAUCCGGUCAAGUCUCUGGUGGAUGACAAGCAAAUUUACCAAAAGAAGUACAGUGUUAAGGAAGCGUGGCAACAAAUCUCGCCCUUGUUUUCGCUAAAAUAUGCGGGAAGUUUGACUCUAGUUUGUCUAUUGCAAUUCUUCUAUAUGAUGAGUAUCAAUUCAUUACGCUUGUGGUUGCCUGAAAUUUUCCAAAUAGUAAACGACUAUGAACAGGAGAACGACAAACCAAUUUCGUUUUGUCAAAUGUUGAACAGAAUCAAACCCACAGUGAACGCGGAAACUGACACCUGUUCAAUGAACUUUGACAACUCUUCAGUUUAUAUAAACUCUGUCUAUGUCGCCUUGUGUGCAAUUACCGGUUACGUAAUUGUUGCCCUUUUCGUAAACAAACUUGGAAAGAAGAAAAUUUUAAUUUCUCUAGGACUUAUUGGGGCAAUAACAGUAGCUUCUAUCUACUUUGCGCCCAACAGUUCGACAGCUUUGGGGCUUAUUUGCGUCCAUUUGAUGUCAACAGGUAUCUCAGUUGAUACAGUUAUUGCAGCAACUGUUGAUCUAUUUCCAACUUCGUUAAGAGGUUCAGCCAUCUCUCUGUCGUUCAUGUUUGGCCGGAUUGGUUCCGUUUUAGGAAAUUUAAUAUUCCCAGUACUUAUUCAAGCAGGUUGUGCGGCCACUUUUUUCACACUUGGAAGUUUUGUCAUGGGGUGUACUGUACUUUCUGUCUUUAUACCAAAUACUGAGCGUAAAGCAUUAGGUUAGAAAUUAAGUACUACAUUUAGUAAAUAUUUUUUUAAUUACAAUGACAAUUAAUAUGACUGUAAAUUAAGAAACAAAUAAAACUUACAAAAAUAGAAA